AUGGUUGACACAAUUCGAAGUAGAGAUGUCCAAAGCGACUGUUCCAAAGACGUCGAUACCAACCAAAGCUUUCGAGGAUAUUCUAUCCAUGUAGUGCCACAAUCCUUUGGGAGCACAAUUGGUAGUCCGACCGCAUUAGCAACCGGAGAAUUUGCGACUACUCUCACAACGCUCUCUAGUGCUCUUGUGGGAUUCCGCCGUUUAUCUAAUAUAGAUGUUUUCGUUGCGAAUUUCAAUUUUUGUGCAGGCAUAUGCAUGGUGAUCUCUGCUCAGUGGGAGCUUAUUCGGGGCAAUUCAUAUGGCUAUACUGUCCUGAGUGCAUUUGGACUUUUCUAUGCUGGAUUUGGUGCACUAGACAUUCCUUUUCUAGUAAUUACAGCUGCAUAUGGGGAUGAUACUGUACAAUAUAAUGAUGCCCUUGGAUUCUUGGUUUUAUUAUGGUCUAUUUUCAAUCUACUUUUCUUAAUCGGAUCACUUCCCAUAAAUCUCGUCUAUAUUGUAAUCUUCUUUUUUGUACAAUUAGCCUUCACCCUCGUUAGCGCCUCGUACUUUUGCGCUGCAGAUGGCAACAUUGCAACAGCCGACGUACUCAAGAAAACCGCCGGAGCCUUUGCUUUUAUAGCGGGAAUGUUUGGAAAUUAUACUGUUGAACAUUUGAUGUGUCAGGAAGCACUUUUUUUCAAUUUUCCAAUGGGCGAUAGUAGUCGAUUCUUCAGAAGGAAGUUGAAAAAUAAGAGGCCAGUCCUACAACAACAUGAGAAGGAGUCUCAAGCCUUAAGGAUGGUAUAAAGAGGGCACACUGAGGUUCAUGAGAGAGGUUGUGAUUACGGUAUCGAAUGAAGCUUUCAAAAAACACGGAUAAAUUGCUGAAGCGUUUGGGAUUCCAAAGUUCCAAAUCUACGGUCUCCUAUGUGAUUCAGUCCUUCAGAAUGUAAUUUUACGGCACAGGCGUGGGAUCCUCGGGAAC